AUGUCAUCGUCGAGUUCUUCUCAUAUAUCAACAAUGUCAUCAUCAUCACGAAUUACUUCUUUAAAUUGUCAUAGUGCUUCUGCACCUGCAAAUUCUUCUCAAUCAUCAAUAUCCAUUAUUACGCGUGAUUCAUCGAAUGCUGCCAAUUCGUCAUCACGUAUGCAACAUUUAUCAAAUGCAUCAUCAGUUUACGAUUAUCCCCAAAUGAAUUCUUCACCUAUUAAUUUACGAAAAUAUAGUAGAUCACCUACAGAACAUCGUGAAGCAGAAGCUGUUCGUACAGCUACAAUAAUUGAUGAAUCGAAAAAAGUUCCAGAAGAUAAUGUUUACUGCAGUUGUGACGAAGGGUAUUGA